AUGUUAAAAUUUUCAAACAUGUCAGCGACUAUUUUUUAUUCAAAGUGUAUGCGGUUGUUUGUAAAAAAUAAAUCUGGGCAUUCAAAAAAAGCCGAAAAUAUUAAACGGCUGAUGAGAGAACAAAAAGAGAUGUUUGGACCACUGUUGGAAAAUAGUAAGGAACGGAAAAAAAAAAAGUUGCCGUCACAACAAUCCGGUGCAACUGCCAUAUCAGCAACAAAUGUUAAUGACAAUGAGGAAAAACUUAAACAAUUGAGUGAAAACUCGGAAUUUUUAUGGACUGUUAAAAGUACGGGAAGUAAAAAAAUUAAAAUUAUUAAAGUAAGUGGAAAAGAAAAUGAAUUUAAUACACUUUCACAUGACAAAAUUGAAUUAGGUGAAACUAAAAUUACCGUUGACGCUAAUUCGUUGACUGGUUCAACAAAUUCUGAAGCUAAGUUAAAAGAUUUCCAAAAUUAUGACAUAAUUAAAUUCCCGAUAUUUAACACCCAAAAAACUAAUGAGGAUAAUUGGGACACAUCAGAAAUCAUCACGCAGCCGUUGAUGGAAUCAAAAAAUUUUUCCUUGCCUGGGGUUACUAGAAUUUUGAGCGCAACUAUGUCGGAAGAAGCUAAAUUGAUGUUGGAAAAUUGGAAGAAAAAAAUGAUUUUGAAAUUAGGAGUUGAAGGAUUUGAAAAAUAUAGUCAGGCGUUACUGGAAGAUAGUAAAAUAAUACAUUCAUUAAUCGAAGAUACUUUGAAGAAGGAAAAAAUUGAUGUGCCAGAACGUUUGAAACCUACAUACAAUAGUAUCAAAUUGAUAUUAAAAGAUGUAACUGACGUACGUCUGAUAGAAUCGCACGUUGUUCAUCCAACUCUCGGAUACCGCGGAAUAGUCGACUGCGUUGCCUCGUACCGGGGUAAUUUAUGUCUCAUCGAUUGGAAAAAGUCUGAGAAAAUAAAAACAAUAAAUUCAAUUUACGAUUCACCUUUGCAGCUGAGCGCGUACAUUGGUGCAUUAAAUAGCGACCCGAAUUAUCCAUUCAAGGUAAAAACUGGAAUUUUGGCAAUUGCUUAUGUCGAGGGCCAGCCGCCUUCAAUCUUUGAAUUUACCGGCAAGAAACUCGAAUUUUAUUGGAAAGAAUGGUUAAAAAGAGUUGAAAAAUAUCAUUUUAUUAAAUCCUCGUAG